GGAAUGCAGGUCUCAGAACAAAUAAAGCGCUUCAACCAAUAGAAAAAAACUACAUCUCCAUAUCAUGAACCAGGAAGAGGUUAUUUGACACACGGAACUGGAGUGCCAAUUCACGGUCGAGCGCUGUGUGUGAUUCAGAUAAUUAUGCGAUAUUUCCUUUACAUCUAUUUGUAUUAACAAUUUGUGGAGAUCUGCCACACGACUAUAUUCCCACAUUGCUGUGAGGUCAGCGCGAUUGGUGGCUAUUCCCUGCAAAAUAUUUGGUGAUGCGCGCGGUGAGCUCUGCCAGACGAGAGGCCAUAGCAACAACACACAGCUCGUCUCAAGUACUGACUUAACCUGACUUCUUGGUUUCAUCUUAUCUCACAAUGCAGUCUUACUCCUCCCAAGGAAAGCUGGUGCGGAAUGGGGAGAAGAAUAAGUUAGUGAUCUGUAUAGAGGGGAAUAUUGCUAGUGGGAAGACAACAUGCCUGGAGUAUUUCAGCAAAACCAGUAACAUUGAGGUGCUGACUGAGCCAGUUUCCAAAUGGAGGAAUGUUCGAGGGCACAACCCCCUGGGGUUAAUGUACCAGGACCCGACUCGAUGGGGCAUCACUCUACAGACCUAUAUUCAGCUAACCAUGCUGGACCAACACCUCUCAACAAUAUCAGCCCCAAUGAGAAUGAUGGAAAGGUCCAUCUACAGUGCCAAGUACAUCUUUGUGGAAAAUCUUUACAGAAGUGGGAAGAUGCCCGAGGUGGACUUUGCUGUUCUUAGUGAGUGGUUUGAGUGGAUCACUCAGAACAUUGCCGUUCCUGUGGAUCUUAUCGUUUACCUCCAGUCGUCUCCACAGACCUGCCAUGAGAGGCUAAAAGAGAGAUGCAGGGAGGAGGAGAAGAUCAUUCCUUUGGAAUAUUUAGAGGCAAUCCAUCAGCUGUAUGAAGACUGGCUGAUAAAGAAGACGUCCUUCAAUGUUCCUGCUCCAGUCCUUGUAAUUUCGGCAGACGAUGACCUGCAGAAGAUGAUCCUCCAGUAUGAGGAGAACAGAGAGAAGAUUUUAUCAGGGAGCAAUGUGUGACUGAAGUACAGUGCCUUCGAAAAUUAUUCAGACCCCUAGACUUUUUUGACAUUUUGUUAGGUUACAGCCUAAUUUUUUCCCCCCUCAUCAAUCGACUCACAAUGCCCCAUAAUGACAAAGCAAAAACAGGUUUUUAGUAAUGUUUGCUAAUUCAACUUUGUUGAAGCACCGUUGGCAGCGAUUACAGCCUUGAGUCCUCUUGGGUAUGACGCUACAAGCUUGCCACACCUGUAUUUGGGGAGUUCCUCCCAUUCUUCUCUGCAGAUCCUCUCAAGCUCUGUCAUGUUGGAUGGGGAGUGUUGCUGCACAGCUGUUGUCAGGUCUCCAGAUACGUUUGAUCGGGUUCAAAUCUGGGCUCUGGCUGGGCCACUAAAGGACAUUCAGAGACUUGUCCACGAAGCCACUCCUGCGUUGUCUUGGCUGUGUGCUUAGGGCCGUUGUCCUGUUGGAAGGUGAAACUUCACUCCGGUCUGAGUUCCUGAGCACUCUGUAGCAGGUUUUAAUCAAGGAUCUCUCUCUGUACUUUGCUCCAUUCAUCUUUCCCUCGAUCCUGACUAGUCUCCCAAUCCCUGAUGCUAAAGAAACAUCCCCACAGCAUAAUACUGCCACCACCAUGCUUCACCGUAGGGAUGGUGCCAGGUUUCCUCCAGACGUGACACUUGGCAUUCAGGCCAAAAAGUUCAAUAUUGGUUUCAUCAGACCAGAUAAUCUUGUUUAUCAUGGUCUGAGAGUCUUUAGGUGCUUUUUGGCAAACUCCAAGUGGGCUGUCAUGUGCUUUUUACUGAGGAGUGGGUUCUGUCUUGUCACUCUACCAUAAAGGCCUGAUUUGUGGAGCGCUGCAGAGAUGGCAGAGCCUUCCAGAAGGACAAUCAUCUCCACAGAAGGACUCUAGAGCUCUGUCAGAGCAACGAUCGGGUUCUUGGUCACUACCCAGACCAAGACCCUUCUCCCCCGAUUGCUCAGUUUAGUCGGGCGGCCAGCUCUAGGAAGAGUCUUUGUGGUUCCAAACUUCUUCCAAUUAAGAAUGAUGUAGGCCACUGUGUUCUUGGGGACCUUCAAUGCUGCAGAAAUGUUUUGGUACCCUUCCCCAGUUCUGUGUCUCGACACAAUCCUGUCUCUGAGCUCUACGGACAAUUCCAACUGUCAACUAUGGGACCUUACAGUGCCUUGCAAAAGUAUUCAACCCCCCCUGGCGUUUUUACAAUUUUGUUGCAUUACAACAUGUAAUUUGAAUUAAUUUUUAUUUGGAUUUCAUGUAAAAUAGUCCAAAUUGGUGAAAUGAAAAAAAUGACUUGUUUCAAAACAUUAUUCACCUUUUUGCUAUGAAGCCCCUAAAUAAGAUCUGAUGCAAUCAAUUACCUUCAGAAGUCACAUAAUUAGAUUGCACACAGGUGGACUGUAUUUAAGUGUCACAUGGUCUCUGUAUGUAUGUAGGUAUGUGUGUGUGUGUGUGUGUGUGUGUGUGUGUAUAUAUAUAUAUAUAUAUAUAUAUAUAAACACCACUCAGCAAGGGGCACCACCAAGCAUGUGGCACAAUGAGAAUAAGAGCACCUCUUCCCAGCUGCCCACUGCACUGAGGAUAGGAAGCACUGUCACCACCCAUAAAUCUACGAUAAUCGAUCAUUUCAAUAAGCAUUUUUCCACGACUGGCCAUGCUUUCCACCUGGCUACCCCUACCCCGGCCAACACCUCAGCACCCCAUGCAGCAACUGGUUCACCAACUACUUCUCAGACAGAGCUCAGUGUGUCAAAUCGGAGGGCCUGUUGUCCGGACCUCUGGCAGCUCUAUCGGGGUGCCACAGGGCUCAGUUCUCUGGAUGACUCUUUUCUCUGUGUAUAUAUAUAUCAAUGAUGUCGCUCUUGCUGCUGGUGAUUUUCUGAUCCACCUCUAUGCAGACGACACCAUUCUGUAUACAUCUGGAUCUUUGGACACUGCUAACAAACCUUCAAAGCCAUACAACACUCCUUCCGUGGCCUCCAACUGCUUUUAAAUGCUAGUAAAAUGAAGUGCAUGCUCUUCAACCGAUUGCUGCCCGCACCCUCCCACCUGACUAGCAUCACUACUCUGGACGGUUCUGACCUAGAAUAUGUGGACAACUACAAAAUUUCGCAACAAAGCCUCUUUCACUCACAAUGUCAUUUACAAGAUGGCCUCCAACACUCUACUCAGCAAACUGGAUGUAGUCUUAUCACAGUGCCAUCCGUUUUGUCACCAAAGGCCCAUAUACUACCCACCACUGCGACCUCUAUGCUCUCGUUGGCUGGCCCUCACUAUAUAUCCGUCGCCAAACCCAAUGGCUCCAGGUCAUCUGUAAGUCUUUACAAGGUUAAGGGGGCCUUAUAUCAGCUCACUGGUCACCAUAGCAACACGCACCCGUAGCACACGCUCCAGCAGAUUUAUUGCACUGGUCAUAUUGAAUAGUUAUGCACGCUCAAGUUUUCAUUUUUUUUUGUGUUAUUUGUUAUUUCACAAUACAAAAUAUUUUGCAUCUUCAAAGUAGUAGGCAUGUUGUGUAAAUCAAAUGAUACAAACCCCCUAAAAAUAUAUUUUAAUUCCAGGUUGUAAGGCAACAAAAUAGGAAAAAUGCCAAGGGGGGUGAAUACUUUCGCAAGCCACUAUAUAGACAGGUGUGGGCCUUUCCAAAUCAUGUCCAAUCAAUUGAAAUUACCACAGUUGGACUCCAAGUUAUAGAAACAUCUCAAGUAUGAUCAAUGGAAACGGAUGCAAGCUCAAUUUCGAGUCUCAUAGCAAAGUGUCUGAAUACUUAUGUAAAUAAGGUAUUUCUGUUUUUUAUUUUUUAUAAAUUUGCAAACAUUUCUUAACCAGUUUUUUUGCUUUAUUAUGGGGUAUUGUGUGUGGAAUUCCUGAGGAUUGUAAUUUAUUUAAUACAUUUUAGCAAAAGGCUGUAACGUCAAGGGGUCUGAAUACUGUAAAGUCAAGGGGUCUGAAUACUUUCCGAAGGCACUGUAUAUAUGCUGCACCAACAAUGGCAGUAAAUAUGUUUGUUGUCUGUAAGCAGGUAAUUAUAGUCCAAGAGAGAACACCAGAAUGAGCUUGUGGAGUUUGUUAUCUUACACACUGUCUUAGAACAACUCUCUGACCGGUACAUUUUCAGACCGCAAGUAUUCCAUACUGUAUAUUUACUGCUACAAGUCGCAUUCCAACAUAUGUUACAUAAGCACUUGCUCGUUUUUGUUUGUUUCACUGACCAUGAUGGAUUGUCUCUCUACGGGAACAUGGUACACUGUUGGUUUCUUAACGUUGGUCACGUGGUGUCAGCCCUAAAAUAAUACCUCCAUUUUACAGCUGCUGGGACAUAGCGGUAUCACCUCUGUAAUACAAAGCAUAUAUUUUAGGGGGCUGCUGACUAACAUACUGUAUAUUUACUGCUACAAGUCGCUUUCCAACAUGUGCCGAGAUGUGUUUUGCUCUUAUUUUAUUUACUGCUAAUAUAUAGAGGAACAUGUUGUCAGGCUGGAAUUGCACUUAGUUGUGAACAGGACCAGCAGUUAUUGUGCUAAAGAUUGUACUCUUUUGCUGAGAUCGUUUCAAUAAAUACCUAAAAGGGGA